AUGGACGCCGCCGCAGCCGCCGCGCUCCAGGAGCGCCUUCAGACGGCGUCGGUCGAGUACCAGAAGCUGCAGUCCGACCUCUCGAUCGCGGUCGAUGCCCGCCAGAAGCUCGACGCGCAGCUGUCCGAGAACGAGCUCGUGAAGAAGGAGUUCGCGACGCUGAAGCCAGAGAACACGGUUUACAAGCUCGUGGGGCCCGUGCUCGUGCCGCAGGACCAGAUAGAAGCGAAGCAGAACGUGGACACGCGGCUGGACUUUAUCAGGGGAGAGAUCAAACGCCUCGAGGGGCAGCUCAAGGACUACAACGACAAGUCGGAAAAGAAGAAGAUGGAGGUUCGUUAG